ACCCUGAAUCAGCUGAUGACUUCCUUGUUAUCAUCGUCGUCGUCGGAAGGGAGCAGAUGCUUUUGCAGACGCUCUUGUUUCCGAGAAUCGACACGUUUUUCGUGGUCUUGUUGAUGUCAAAUUAAGGAUCGAAAAGCUGUGUCCCUUUCUACAGUUGCAAACAUUCCAUUCAUGAAUACCUCAGACAGUGAAGAGGACUCCUACAAUGAGAGGACAGCUCUGGUUGCAUCCGAGAUACCGUUUGUGCCAUCCUACCAAGACCAAGCCCAGCCUACAGAUAUGGAGCCCAAAAGGCGACACCCGGUUGCCCCAGAGCAGCCAGUGGAGCCACCCAUCCUGGAUAGGAGUGCCGUGGAGCGGGAGCCAGUAAUCCAGGAUGAUGAAGAGGAACUCACGCUGAAGUACGGCGCCAAGCACGUCAUCAUGCUGUUCGUCCCGGUGACCCUUUGCAUGGUGGUGGUCGUGGCCACCAUUAAGUCAGUCAGCUUCUACACCGAGAAGAACGGACAACAGCUGAUCUACACGCCGUUCACCGAGGACACGGACACGGUGGGCGAACGGCUGCUCAACUCGGUGCUCAACACCAUCAUCAUGAUCAGUGUUAUUGUGUUCAUGACCAUCUUCCUGGUCGUGCUCUACAAGUACCGCUGCUACAAGUUCAUCCAUGGGUGGCUCAUCCUGUCUUCGCUGAUGCUGCUUUUUUGGUUCAGCUUCAUGUACCUGGGGGAGGUGUUUAAAACCUACAAUGUGGCCAUGGACUAUCCCACAGUGGCCAUGAUCAUCUGGAACUUCGGGGCGGUGGGCAUGAUCUGCAUCCACUGGAAGGGACCCCUUCAGCUUCAGCAGGCUUACCUCAUCGUCAUCUCCGCCCUCAUGGCCCUGGUGUUCAUCAAGUACCUGCCUGAGUGGUCCGCCUGGGUCAUCCUGGGAGCCAUCUCCAUCUACGAUUUGGUUGCAGUCUUGUCCCCCAAAGGUCCUCUGAGGAUGCUUGUUGAGACUGCACAGGAACGUAAUGAACCCAUCUUCCCUGCACUCAUAUAUUCAUCCGCCAUGAUUUGGAUGGUUGGGAUGGCCAACCCGGCAAGAAAUGCAGACCGCGCUAGUCAAGAUACAGACGAGGAGGGAUAUCAAGGGGAGAGCGACGCUCUAGCGAGAGACCGGGCUGAGCCAGAGACCCAAGUGUCACCUGGGAUGAACAGGUCCUACUCCACUGAGGAAGAGCUAGACGAGGAAGACCGAGGAGUGAAGCUGGGCCUGGGGGACUUCAUCUUCUACAGUGUGCUGGUGGGGAAGGCUGCCGCCACAGGGGGGGACUGGAACACCACACUGGCCUGCUUUGUGGCCAUUCUCAUAGGCCUCUGCCUGACUCUGUUGCUGCUGGCUAUAUUCAAGAAGGCCCUCCCAGCUCUCCCAAUCUCCAUCACAUUCGGCCUGGUCUUCUACUUCUCUACAGACAACCUUGUUCGACCCUUUAUGGACAAUCUAGCUGCCCACCAGUUUUACAUCUGACCGCCCCUCUGGGUUGUGGUCAAAGGUCAAUGGAACACAACUGCAUUCUUCUGUUAGUGUUUUCCACCAGUGGUAGUCUGAGGAAGGAUUUGAGGGAGGGAGGGGGUGACAAACCGCUUUUUAAUCAGACCAUAGUGUAUAUUUUGCUAACGGGUAUGUGGUCACCACAAACAAAGGUUAAAUGCUUCAGGGAUUGUUUCAUGUGGCCUCCAGCGUGGCAGAUAAUACAUCUAAAAAGACGGGUGUAUUUGUCAGUGUAUGCUAUUAUUUGACAAACAUGGCGUGGCAUCAAGUCCGUUCCAUUAGAUAGGUACAUUCCUAUAAGACACAGGUCAGAAACAGAAUAUUGUAAAUUCUCAAGAUAAAUUCCAGUUGCAAAAUUGAUCUGUUCAUUUAAAUUAGGUGUAGGUCUUCCAAUCAACCUUGAUCCACUGAAGUCCCCGUCAAAUCUAUGCUUAUGGCGACUGGUUUUUGUUGGCAAUGGGGAAUUUUUAUCUACUUCCCCAGAGUCAGAUUAACACGUGGAUGGUAUUUUUAUGACUGUGGAUUAGUUGUUUUGUGAGCCAAUGAAAACUAGCAUUAGUACAAUGACUAGAGGUCUACUAGAACAGGUGGCAAACUAGCUUUCUCAAAGACGUUCAGUCAUAGGAUGCUACUUAGUAACUGCAGAAACUUUAGACAUCACAUUUUACCGAGACAUGAAAAUGGUAUCCACAAGUUUCUCAAUCCCUGGAUUAAUCUCAUUUCCUAAUUUCUAAAUUGUCAUUUGAAUGCCCUGUGAAGGAAGAAACACAGAUUUCAAUUAUAGUUUAUUAAAUAUUUUUGUGCUUCACUAUUGAGUAGUUUGUACUUGAUUAAAUUAAACAAGGUAGAAAAUUGAAGAAAGAAAUAUGUAAAAAAGGUUAGGACUUUAAUACGUGUGUUGCGUGAGAUUCUUUCUGAUAGUUAUCCAAAUGGAAGUCAAAUCCUAACCCCUCCUUUUGCUAUUUGCUGCUUAGUUGCCAUAUAUGAUAAAGGAAUGGCCCUCAACUAUGAUUUUUGGGUCAGUUUUACAGUUCCCUGCUGAUGGCAAAAGUCAGUAUUAGGGAGGGGAAACUAAUUCUAGAUAUGUACCUAUCCAGAAUUAAGUAGCUCGAGAGAAAAUUCUAUUAACAUGAAGAAUGCCCUUCCUAACUAGCCUGGAAUCCAAACUGAUUUGAUCUGCUUAGGUUUAUAUUCCAGUCUUUGUUUUAACAUCUCAGUAUUACUAGCCAAGUCUCCAUAAACCUGACCAACAUUUUUAUUGACAUUUAGAAACAAUUACCAAAAAUGCAACAAUUACCAGCCAUGGUUAAUUUCCAAUUUGUGAUAUUACACCAACAAAUGAAAUUAGGGUGAUCCAGCUGUUUGAACACUCCUCCAUCAUUCACCACUUUCCUGUCAAAUAAAUCAUAAAAUGCUAGAAAGAAAUAUACCUUUUAAGAAAAUCAUAAAAUGCCUCUCAAUGCUUAUUAUUAGAGGCCACAGACAGUAUGCCACACCGUUCCAAAAGCCUGCAAAGGCCAGGGUGGACAGAAAGCAAGAAUUCACUAACAUUGCUCAUUCUAAUAUUUCUCAUGCACUUAGUCUACUUAUUGUUUGUGGUUAAACAUUCAGGCCUAAAGGUCUGAAACAACUUGGUGAAACUUCAAAUUGCAAUGAAAAGAAAAAAAUGUAGUUCAUUUUGCUGGCUGUAGGUGUGGUGGUUUGUAGGUACCAACUGGUUAAAGAUUUUAUUCAAACCUUUUGAAAAUAUCUCCCAACAUCCGCUGUUUCCAUUACAAGUGUUGCAAUAUUAUUAUUUUUGCUGCUUGGCGUUUGUUGAAUAAACCUGGGUCCACAGAAACCUGCCUAGUGAACUAAAACUUGGUGGUUGCUUGAACAAAUAAUAGUGGUCUGCUGUUUGAAUAGAUAGCUUUUACAUGCUAAGAGUGCGUAGUCUUUAUAUCAAAGAAGAUAUAUAUUUAUAGAAUGUAAUAAGUGUAACAUUUUAAUUUUAUACACAGUAAUACACUGAAGUUGUUCUUGAUG